GGUAGUGUGGUGGACUCGGCGGCCAUGUUUUUCCUGUAGUAAAGUUUGCUCGCAGUACAUCGCAUAUUUAUCAGGCAAAGGAGUUUAAAUAAACAGCUCCUUUCUUGACGGUAAAAACCGCUUAUCUCUCUACAGCACGGAAUUAUGACCACUGUCGCAGCCCUGGCUGGACUGGCCUCGGGAACCAAGCGGUCAGCUGACGACAUUAUUUCAAGUAUGGCUGGGAUUUCAAAUGAUCAGAAAAAGGCACGAAUAGAUAAUACAAAUCCCCCUUCUAAGGUUCUACAUUUGCGUAAUGUUCCCUCCGAUGCGUCUGAUGCUGAGAUUAUUGCUCUAGGCAUUCCCUUUGGAAGAGUAACUAAUGUCUUAAUGCUUAAAGGCAAAAAUCAGGCAUUCCUUGAAAUGGAAAGUGAGUCAAAAGCAAUUGCUCUUGCAAAUUACUACAGUUAUGUUACACCAACUGUCAGAAAUCGUCCUAUAUAUGUUCAGUAUUCCAAGCACAAGGAGUUAACAACCAAUGAAUCCCAACAUGCUCCAGGGACAUCCCAUAUAUUGGCAGCAGCAAGUUCAUCUGAGGUUGUAGCCGCAGCAGGAAGUGCACUGAGUGGUUUAAGUGCUAAUCAACUGAGUUCCAGCACUUCUACAUCAACUGCAGAGGCUGGAGGUGCUGGAUGUGUCUUAAGAAUCGUUAUUUCCAAUAUUAUAUAUCCUGUUACUCUUGACAUACUUCAUCAGAUUUUCUCCAAGUAUGGUACAGUCCUCAGAAUUGUUACAUUCACCAAAAAUGACCAAUUCCAAGCAUUAGCAGAGUUUUCACAAGCCAGUGAGGCAUUAAGUGCUAAAUAUUGUCUUGAUGGACAGAACAUCUAUACUGGAUGCAACACGCUAAGAAUAGAUUUCUCCAAACUCACCAAUCUUAAUGUCAAGUACAACACAGAAAAAAGCAGAGACUACACACGUCCAGAUAUGCCGCCAGGAGACGUUGAUGGUGCCGCUGCUUUUUCACUCCCUGGUUUAGGUAAUGCGUCCAGUGUGCUAGGUAAUCCUGCAGCACUGUUGGGCCUGCCCAUGGGACUCCCACUAGCAAAUAUUUCUAUGGCUGGAGUGAAUCAGAGGUACCAAGGAGGCAGCCCACUGGUACUUGUGAGCAACUUGAAUGAAGAGAUGAUUACCUGUGAUGCACUUUUUACUUUGUUUGGUUGCUAUGGUGAUGUGCAACGUGUAAAGAUUCUAUUCAACAAGAAAGAUACAGCCCUCGUACAGUUUUCUAAUGCCCAACAAGCACAGACAUCUAUCGCCCAUCUGAAUGGAGUACGUGUUUAUGGCAAGGAAAUAAAAGUUACUGUAUCUAAGCAUUCGUCUGUCUCUCUACCAAAGGAAGGCGAGGAUAAUAAUCUGACCAAGGAUUACAGUAAUUCACCAUUGCAUCGAUUCAAAAAACCAGGAUCCAAAAACUUCCAAAAUAUUUUCCCUCCAAGUAGAACACUCCACUUAUCAAAUAUCCCUGAGGGCGUCACAGAGGAAGAAUUAACCGCACACUUCAGUGAGGCAGGGGAAGUCACAGAUUUCCGAUUCUUGCCGAAAGAUCAUAAGAUGGCUCAUCUGACAAUGGCAUCACCAGAAGAAGCCAUUGAUGCACUAAUAAAAAUGCAUAACUACAAGAUCAGCGAAUCCCAUCAUCUUCGAGUGUCUUUUGCCCGAUCAUCCAACUAAAUUCAUCAUUGAUAUUUUUUGUAGACUUAAGGUUAUCAGUUGACUCCACAUCACUAACAUAAUUCUAGAUUUGUUGGACCUAUAUAGACCACCCCAUCAAUACACAUUUCGUACACUCAUUUUCCUCUACCUUAAAAAAGCUCUAUAUACAUCUGUUCCUUGAAAUUAUAUUUUGCAUUCAUACUACUUUAACCUGAGCUCCAGAGGCUCUAAUGCGACAGACGAAGCCUACGACCAAGAAGCACUGCAUCGAGAGAGCCUCUGAGACCCAGGGUAAUACUACCUCCAUUAUCCUUUGCAAAAUUUAAUUCACUGAUUACUGGCUGUUAAGCGAGAAAAACUUUAAGCUACUUGUGUGCAAAGCAAGAUUCAGCUGAAAAGUUUCGAUGUUUAACAUCCUCUCCUUGUGAGACGUUGGCGAGAGUUUCAUAGAAGAGUAGAACUAGUUUAUACUUGUGCGUGCUCCUGAAACUUGUGUUGCACGGCUUUCACUGUGAAACACGCCUUUUACAGACAGCGCUUCUCAAUGACGUGCGAAAUCGUGUAAUUUGCCGUCGCGACAAAGUAGUUUUUAGUGGACGUCAAUCAAGUCGUUUCCAUGACAUUCUCUAGCCAUGAGGUACUUGAAGGCUUUGUGUCUCCUGACAGUGCCAUGGAAACGAAUUGAUUGACUAUCUUACCGCAGCAGAAAAUUGUACGAUUACACGUAUGACUGAGAAGCGAUGUAGUAUCGAUAUUGAUGAGAUAAGUAUGUUUUGUUUGCACAUUUUGCUUGUUGUUUGACAUUUCACUAACUUUUGUCGUUUUUCGAUUUAUUUCAAGUUACUUUUAUUAGGUUUCGUUUGAAAAUCAAGUUCUAAAAACUUGCUUUGUUCAUUUUAUCUCGUUGAUACAUGGACUUUUCUCACAAUGCGACCAAAUUUUAAAGUAGCUGUUAACCAGUGCAUAUGUUAUCAGCAAUAUUUAGACUCGUUCCUAUCAGCCAAAUUUCUUAAUUUUUCUUUUGAACUAGAAUACUUCGAUUAAAUUGCCAAAAAGAAAUGAUUUGGAAAAUAUAACGUUUCAGUUUCAAGAUGGUCGCGCUGUCCCAAAGUCCACCUGUUUUCCUCAAUGUUGCCCGUUUAAGCCUGGUUUUCACUUGCGACGGAAUCCGGGUCGGAAGCGCGUCGGCUUGUGCUUGCGGUUUUAUGCAAUGCACGAACUGCUUCCGACUCUUUUGCGAAUGAAAACAACGCUUUAGACGUCUAAAGAAAAUGGAACGAUUUUCUAAGAUAGGACAACAUUGAUUGAUUAUAGCAAAAUAAUGUUCGGUUUGUUAAAUAGCGAUCUCU